CGUGCGCUUUGUUGUUGCGGAAGUAGCGACGUAACAAUCAGAAAUUAUUAGCCAUUAGCUUCUUGUUUGGCAAGUCGUCAGUUGCUGAUUCUCACUAAACUCUGACCAAGUGUGGAGCAGCAUUAUCAUCAUUAUUAUUAUCAUCACCGUCAUCAUCAUGCGCUGUCAGUAUCUUCUGCUACUCUUUCUGAGUUUGGGAGGCUCAGCAGUGGAAGUCCAACGUCCUCGUGGUGUCCCCCUGUCAAAACGGCAGUUCUACGAAGAGGAUAAGCCUUUCACUUGUCUGGAUGGCUCCCACACUAUUCCCUUUGACAGAGUGAACGAUGACUACUGUGACUGUCAGGAUGGCUCUGAUGAGCCAGGCACAGCUGCUUGUCCCAAUGGUAGCUUCUACUGCACUAACACAGGUUUCCGACCUGCAUUCAUUCCUUCCUCCCGCAUCAAUGAUGGAAUCUGCGAUUGCUGUGACACAACUGAUGAGUACAACAGUGGUGCUGCCUGUCAGAACACCUGCAGGGAGUUGGGACUCAAAGAGAAGGAAUCCCUGCAGAAGAUGGCAGAGAUUGCCAAGGAGGGAUUUCUGCUUAAACAGCAACUUAUCCAAGAAGCAAAGAGGGGCCUUGAAGAAAAAAAGACCAAAUUGGGAGAUGUUGAAGCCAGCAAGAAAGAGCUAGAAAACACAGUAGAGGCGCUGCGAACUGUUAAGGAGACUGCAGAACAGCCAGAGAGGGAAGCUAAAGAGCGCCACCUGAAGGCUUGGGAAGAUGUAAAAGCUGUGGCUCGCUUGGAGAAGGACAAGGCUAAAAUGGCUGAGGCUUUUCUUGAGUUGGAUGAUGACGCAGAUGGAUUCAUCUCAGUGGCUGAGCUUCUGUCCCAUUCAGAGCUUGACCCAAAUUCAGAUGGUUCAUUCGAAGAGACGGAGGCUCAGGAGCUGCUGGGAGGAGUGCAUAAAGUAGAUACAGUGACUUUUGAUGGUGUUUGGAAUAAAAUUAAAGAAGAAUAUAGAUCAGAGGCCAAAGCAGACGCCCCACCAGUGGUGGAGAGUCCACACGAGGAGGUGAAAGAGCCCGUCUCAGACAACGAGUCUGAGCAGUACCCAGAGGAUGACUUUCACGAGGAAGACGAUGAUGACGAAGAAGAGGAUGAUGAUGAUGACCCAGAUGAAGGCGAUGAUUAUAAAAGUCCUCCUGUGAAGCACGCUGAAGAAAAGAAGGAUGAGGAUGAUGCAGGUGCUAUGCCACCCUAUGAUGAAGAAACUCAAAAUCUGAUUGAUUCUGCUCAGAAAGCCAGAGAUGAGUUUGACGAGGCAGAGAGAUCUCUUCAGGAGGUGGAUGAACAGAUCCGGAACCUUCAGAAGGAGAUCUCCUUUGACUUUGGACCCAGUGCAGAGUUUUCUUACCUUUAUAGCCAGUGUUACGAGCUGACCACCGGCGAGUACAUCUACAGAUUCUGUCCAUUCCACAAAGUGACUCAGAAACCCAAAUAUGGCGGCUCAGAAACUAACCUAGGGUCAUGGGGAAAAUGGGCCGGUCCUGAUGAUAAUGUUUACUCUGUGAUGAUGUACGAACAUGGAACUGGGUGCUGGCAAGGCCCUAACAGAUCCACCAGAGUUAAGUUAUCCUGUGGAAAAGAGACCGUUGUGACUUCUACAUCAGAGCCCAGUCGUUGCGAGUACCUGAUGGAGUUUACCACGCCUGCUGUCUGCCAGGAGCCUCAAAGUCUGGAUUCCUUUCUCCAUGAGCAUGUAGAGCUCUAACUCUAAUUACACUUGUUUGCUGUGUUUUGCAGGUUGUUCUUGAGGGACCACAGCUGCACAAGCAACAUGAAGUUUGUGAAGUAGUGUCACCACUUUGGUGUUUAUGAGUAGUUGGGGUAUGCUGUCUGCACUUAUAAUUUCCUCUUCUAUAUGUUGUAUUGUUUGUUUCUUGUCAAACACAGUGUCAUUGCAGUGUUUUCAAAUAAAGUUAAUUUUGACAUAUUCCAA